AUGACGACCCAACACAACCAAUUUAUGCUUUCCUCCGAGAGCACAACCAACUCCGUAUCGAAGACCGACUCAACUUCACAUAGGCGGGAGGUUUUUCAUGAUAAUGAACAGAAUUCUCAAAAGCAACAAGAGGAAUGGGGUGAUGAGGAUGGGGAGUUUGAGCUGGAAGAGGAAGUUCACGCAGAGGUUUCUGAAGUCAAGUCAGAAAAUGGUACCACACGUACUAUUUCUCAGAAAAAAUGUGUGACCGAACACGCAAAGCUAAAUGAGAGAAUCUCUGGUCGCAAUUCCUUGUCAAGAUUUCCACAAACAAACAAAACUCCAACUAAGGAAGCCGAUGUUAAAUUACAAAAAACAAUAUCAGAGACCACAGAUGUCGGCACACAACCUUUAUCCUCAACAAUAGAAUCAGACAAAUCGCCCAAGACCAAGUAUGGUCGGAAGGUACAUAAACCUGUGCUAUUUACUCAUGAUUCAAGAGACACCAAGAGGCAACCCCAAGAAACAAAAAGACCUAAUAAAUCAACAGUCAAACGUCAGCGUAACUUGCGUGAAACAUCACCGACAUUAACUCCUCCCAACUCGCUAUCUGUUACCUCGUCUACUACGUCACCAAUUUCAAGUAAUGUGUCUAAAAAUUUUUCCGAGGAUGCAUCUAGUGACACUCAAGACACACCACGAUCAAAAUUAGACGAUAUUGUCUGUAUCGUCUGCCACGACGGACAAUCUCCAAAGCAUAAUCGUAUAGUUCUAUGUGAUAAAUGUGAUGUGCCUUAUCAUCAGCAGUGUCAUGUUCCAUCUAUUGAGGAUCGCGUCGCUGAAAUAACUACUGCGGAAUGGAUGUGUUCAAAGUGCGAGGAGGCAAAAGGUCGUAAACGAAGAAAGGUUGAACCUCGUGUUUCCACAUCGAAUAAUAAUUUACGAGAUAUUUCCGGAAACGGAUUGACUGAAGAACAGAAAAUAGCAUAUCUAUCUUCCUUACCGCAAAGGGUCCUAAUUGAUCUUAUACUUAUUGCCGAAAAACUACACCCUGAUCUCCCUUUAUAUCCCGCGGACGUCAAAGAACAAAUAUCUAGUAAUGCUUACACUGCCGCGUCUAACAAAAAUGAAGUAGAUAAUCGACCUGCGUCAAAAGAUCAUUUAUCCCAUUCGUCCACCGUUCCCUUGACGUCAAACACACAGAGUUCAAAGACUUACUCUGAUAGCACAGAUCCUUCACGUGCGCAUCUACCGGCUGUCGGAGUUGAUCUACCAUCAUAUGAGGAAAUGAUUGUUCAAGCUCUUUUAUCAAUCGCUGAUCCGGCCGGUAGUGCUCCUCGGAAUAUCUUUGAAUGGAUGAAUAACACUUACCCUUUGCACAAGAAUUUUCGAGCGUCCGCCUCUCAGGCUUUACAAAAAGCCGUCAAAAAGGGCCGCGUGUUCCGGAUUGGCACCGUAUACAAACUGAAUGAAAAUUAUAAACCGGCAAAACGAAUUCGUAGAUACUUUAAAAAACCUCAAAGCCCCAAUGAACAUCAAUCUUACAAAGACGAUGUCACGCCAGAGGAUGACCAAGAUGGCAUAUUCGAGAUUGCUGUGAGAUUGGACGACUCUGAAAAUUUCACCGCCGUACAAGGAUUGGAAAUGGACGAUCAUCCAAGCAUAUCUUCUUCAGCAGUAUCAACCCCAGCUCCACAUGUCAUUUCUAAUGGUCAUGUGGAAAUAACUUCUCCCGAAGAAAAUUCAUCGAUUGAUGAUACUUCUAACAAGAUUGUGCCAGCCUUGGUCAAUGAAUCUUCGAACGCCAUGAACUCGAUCAUGCAAAAUCAGUCAAUAUUGCCACCGGUUCGAGGUCGUGGUGUGACUUCAAACAUUGGCUCUGGCGUAAGUCUACCGUCAACUUUGUUACCCCCACCGGUGCAACCCACGCUACCUUCUUUGAGCUCCGUGGCCUAUUUCAGUUCAGGGUACGGUGGGAACAAACCUAAUUCCAUAUAUACAUCAUAUCAGUAUACAUCACCGACAGGUACUUAUAACACCGGUCUCCCGGCUAUUGUCACACUACCCCGAGAUGAGGGCGUAAUUAAUGCUGGGUUGUCUACCGAUGCUUCGCAUCUACAAUGA